AGUAACCAGUACCUAACUUGAAUUCCGAACGCGCGGUCGCCAUGCGAGACGUCAAAACGAUUUUAAACGAAAACGAACAUAUUCCAAAUUCAAAUUAAAACGUCAUAAUUCAAAUAUUCGAAUAUUUAUUUAACAAUCUAAUAUUUAUGUUGUGUUUGGAAUAAUAUUUGAAAAAGGAACGCGAUUGUUAGCAUAUGGCCAGUCCAAGGAUGUGAACUUUUUUAUUUUUUUUUAUAUGAGUGUGCUACAAAGGAAUGUGGUUUUAGUGUCGAUGCACAUAAGGACGUGUAUUCCGUGAUUUGUGUGUGAAGGUGCCUUGCAAGUUUAAGUUUUGUUUAAAAAUAAGUUUUUAAAGACUGAAGCAUGUGGCGCCUCCUAGUGGUAGCGCUAUUCGCGACCGCGCGUUCUAAGCAGAUACCCUCCGAAACCGAUUUAGCUACGUCAUCAGUAGCGACGGCCACGGAUGCAGUGACAGAUUGGCCCGAGGCGCUAGCACCCCUCGACACCCUCGCCGUCGCCUGCGAGAAGGACAACAUGCACGUCACCGUCUCGCUCGCGCACACACUCACACAUCCCAACAGCGUGUACGACACGUUCAACGGCAUAGUGUACCCAGCCGGGCUCGGCACUAACUCCACGUGCCUGCGCGAGUACGUGUCGGCGAAAGGCGACCUGCAGUACACGGUACCGCUGAAAGGAUGCAACACCAUGUCCAUUGAUAACGAGGACGGCACGGUGGAAUACUACAACAACAUCAUAGUGCAGCCCCACUUGCGCCUGGUGACGGGGCAGGGCCGGGGUUACCACGUGCGCUGCCGCUACCGUCGCCGCGACCUCACGCUGUACCACAUGCACCGGCCGCGUGCCGACCGCCUCACCGCCGACAACGAUGAGUACGACGAAGACUCAGGCCUGUUGCCGUCUGUCACGAUGAAGAUAUUCAAGGGUGACCCCGAAGAUAAGGAGGUGGCGUCGAACGUCAAGAUCGGUGACAGUCUGACACUGGUGGUGUCGCUAGAGAAGCAGCGGCAGUACGGAUUGCUGGUGUCCGAGUGCUCGGUGCGCGACGGUCUCGGCUGGGCCGAGCAGAGCCUAAUCGCUGACGAUGGCUGCCCGCUGGACGGCGAGAUCAUGGGGCUGUUCCAGUACUCCGGGGCGCGGCAGGAGGCGCGCGUGUCGUUCCCCGCGCACAAGUUUCCCUACACCGCCUCCGUGUACUACACGUGCGAGGUCAAGCUGUGCGACCUCAACCACCCCACCGACUGCGAGCCGUGUUCCCAUAAGAAGAACCGUGUCCGUCGUCAGUCGGACGACGGCGCGCCGGCCACUGUGGAGGUGUUCUCUGGACUGUGGGUCAACGAGGCAGACUCGCCCGACAACGAUGACGUCACAUCGGAGAAGAAAGAAGACACCAUCUGCAUAUCGCAGCGUCACUUCGCGAUCGCCAUUUGCGUGGCGGGCGUCAUCCUGAUGAUAUGCGUCAUCGCUGCCAUCGCCUUCAUACUGGCGCGCCGGCGGAACCCCAAAGCCUACUCCAGAACAGGCAGCUCUCUCUACAGCACACUCCCUUACACCAACACUGGUUACUCGCAGACAAGUUAAACACCCUGUAUAAUGUCCUAACUAGGCCUAAAUUAUUCCAAGGUUUGGACUAAAAUGAUAGAAGUUAAAUCCGUUGAUUUUUUUUUUUUGGGUUGGGAUUGUCGUACGCACAGGGUUCUAUAAUGGUCAUGUUUAUAAACAUAGUUUUUUUUUUUAAUAUAAAUUUUCAAUUUAGCAUUAACAAUGAUCGUGCUAAAUAAAAACAUGCUAAAUUUCUUGUCGUACAAUAUACCUACGACAAAAUAGUGACAAAAAUCUGGUAUGUGCGAAAAGAACACGAAAUGUUUUAUACUAAAAAGAAUGGGAUAGAUGAUAGGGUAAACAACCCUGCUAGUGUCAUUUAGAUUUUAAAUUAACAAAGUGCGACGAAUUCAAAUUGGUUUUCAGGUACAACGAAAUUUUAAUUUGUGAGUUUGCAUUUUGUGUGUGAUUGUGUGUUAGCCAUUUUGUGUGUGUUUAUAUAUGAUUUUAUAUACGUACCUACAACUAAAAUAAAAAAUUAACAAGAUUAAAUUCAUUAAACAGAGGGUAGCUAGCCGCUAAAUAAAAUAUAGUUUCUAUAUCUAUUAGUAAUUUAAAUAUAGAAUGUUGUGUUCAAAAAACCGCAACGAUUCAGUCAUUGUUUAAGUUUAGGUUUUAUGGAAUAAAAUAAUUUUAAGUUGUAUAAGUAUUUUUGAAUUCACAUAGAUAAAAAUUAAAUAACCUAUCUAAUUUUUGUGAUAAUUCGUGCAUUAUUAUUAUCCGUCCAUAAAUUAUAUUCUAAGUUUUUAUUUUAUUGGAAGGUUGCCUUGCAUUACGUAAUAUUUUAUUUUAUAAUCGAAUUUGUAGCAAAAGUUUCAAAAUCUUUUCUACAAUUUUUGACUCAAUUAUUAUAUUAGAUGAUUGUAUUCAGUUUAGGACUUGUGUUAACUAAGUUAUAAUUUAUAAUAACAGUAACUACAAGAAUAUAAACCUACCAACAUAAUUUAGUCAUAGACAAGCUGGUAUGUUUUUCCGGUGGCGGGAAAUCCAAUCUAUGGUUUAAAGAUUUAAAAACAAUUUAUAGUGAAACUACAAAAUAUCUGUGAUUUUAUAUGUAUUAUAUAAUUUAUAUAUCUAUAAUCAAAAAUAUUGUAAUAGUUAAUUUAAGAAUUCACACAUAUAAUACAAAACAGUAGUUAGUCAUUUAUUAAUAUUUUAUGAUUAUAUGAUGUGUCAAUUAACUUCUAUAAAUGGAUGCCAUACUGAUUUUAAUUUCCUAAUAUGUUUAGUAUAUAGCAAAGUUACUUAAUCCAUCCAAUAUAGGUGCUAUUUUUUAUAAUAUAGCUUAUUGUAUUGCUUAGUUUUUGCACAGACUUGAAGAAAAAGAUAGACGAUAAAUAGAGUGCUUUGAAAUCAAAAAAAUAAGUAGGCAACAUUAGGUUUUAUCAUAUAUUUUGUUUGUCUACAAAACAAUAGGGUAGAACCAACAUCAGUUUAUUUUUUUCUCUUCAUACAAGAACACUGACCUUAAUUGAUAUAAAAUAAUAAUGAUAAAUUAGUGACUCAAGGCGUAAUUAUUGAACUAUAUUUUAUGAUGUAAAAUACGUUGUUUGUUAUAGAUUUGCGUCUUUUUCAUCAUUUUGAUUUUAUAUGUUUUCCAGGUAGGUUGAUCUUGCUACAUUUAGAAAAAAAUAUAUUUGAUUUAUUUGGCAUAAGGUCAAGAGAACACCGCCGUCUACUUUUCCCCAAGUCUGUGAUUUUCGCUUCCUAUGUAUAUUUUUGGUAACAACGAAUUUUGAUACGUGUUUCAUACUUACUCCAUUGAUUAACUUUACGAUGUACUUACUAGUUGUUUUUUUUUUUUGUAGCAAUGGGGUUCUGGAACCGUAUCGAAAUGUUAAACCGUUGAAGGUUUACUCUGUACGAAUUUUUAACAAAUAUACUGACUUUAAAUAUAA